GUAUGGGCAAAGCGUGCGAAAGGACCGCGGAGGCCUAGGGGGUUUGAUAGCAGCGGGGAUAGCCCGGGGCCCCGUGUAUGGCCACGGAGUUACAGCGUCCGGACUCCAUGCCCUGUCACAACCGGCAAGUAAACUCUACUUCUAGCCCAAGUCCGGAGCGCCUGUUAGCCGAGGACCCGGUCCUGGAUCAUGCAGAGGAAAAUAACGCUGCUAUGGCUAAGCUGACUCUCCUCCCUGGGCACGCCCAUUCUAGCGUGCUUUCAGAGAGGGACUCUCCGGCCUGCUGCAGCACUAAUCUUCACUGUGAGAACCACAGUGACAGUAGUGACAGUGGCAACUACGAAGCACCUGUCGGCGACUCCCUGCUAGGGGACUGUGAACCCUACCCACAGAUUGGGGCUCAGCUUAAGUUGCUGCCUAUGAAUGAUCAGAUCCGGGAGCUGCAGACUAUCAUCCGGGACAAGACAGCCAGUAGAGGGGACUUCAUGUUUUCUGCGGAUCGUUUGAUCAGACUUGUUGUAGAAGAGGGAUUGAAUCAGCUGCCGUAUAAAGAAUGCAUGGUGACCACUCCGACAGGGCACAAGUAUGAAGGAGUGAAAUUUGAGAAAGGAAAUUGUGGGGUCAGCAUAAUGAGAAGCGGUGAGGCAAUGGAACAAGGUUUGCGAGAUUGCUGUCGAUCCAUACGGAUUGGGAAGAUCCUGAUUCAGAGUGAUGAGGAGACACAAAGGGCCAAAGUAUAUUAUGCCAAGUUCCCCCCGGACAUUCAUCGCAGAAAAGUCCUUCUGAUGUAUCCAAUUCUCAGUACUGGAAAUACUGUAAUCGAAGCUGUAAAGGUUCUCAUAGAACACGGAGUUCAACCCAGUGUUAUUAUCCUACUCAGUCUGUUCUCCACCCCGCAUGGUGCCAAAUCAAUCAUUCAAGAAUUUCCAGAGAUCACAAUUUUAACUACUGAAGUUCAUCCCGUCGCACCUACACAUUUUGGACAGAAAUACUUUGGAACAGACUAAGUUAUUCAACGAAAAUGAAAUACCUUGCAUAAUAAUAUGGUUGUAAAUGGAUUUCAUAUCUGUUUAUACUGAUUUGUUUGAGAAAUAAUGGAGGAAAUAUGUUAGGAAUGCCUUUUUAACAUUGGAAGUAGGUGUAGCAACAAGAAAUAUUGGAAGUUUAUUUAUUUGAUUUGGUUAUUUCUUUACAUGUGGUACCAAAUUCAGUAGUGAAGCACAACCAUAGUGCUUAGAAAAGAUGGAAACGUUAAUUGUAUGUUCAUAGAAGUCACUGAAUCCUUAGUACAUGGAAACUGUAGAACUUGUGAAACACCCCCUCCCCCUUUCUUGGUUUGGAAGUUGUAGCUGCAAAGAAAACCCAAAUGAGAGUUAGUUCUUUGACACACUGCGGUUUACAUUUUCCUUACUGUGCUUUAGCUCUAGAGUGUUUUCCUGUAUGUGGGUCUUGUCACCCUCCGGACUCUAUAUACUUUAUAUAUGCAGGUACCUUGGAGAGGAGAGAACGAGAAUAUAUCCUGGAAUUUUAUGUUGCCAUUUAUGUCCUCGCUUCAUUUGAAGGCUCAGGAUGUCUGCUUAACUUGUCAACUAAGCCGUUGUGUUCCUCAUGGCUCAUUUCCCCAAGUGGGGAUUGAGGGAAGGUGGUUUGCCAAGCGGGAACACAGGGAAAAAGACGCAGGGCCUUUUUAGUAACUGAAUCUGUAACAGGAGUCUACAGAGACUAAACCGCGGAUGCCUGAUAUUGACCCAAGAGGGCUCAAUCAGCCCUCUGCAAAGAAGUUAGUGGAGAUCUUUCUAAGGUGUGAGGGAAGUGGAGGCUUUGCAUUUCGUGGCCAAUUAAGUAAAUCAGCACGGUUCUCGGUUGUUGUUUUUCAAGACAGGGUUUCUCUGUGUUCCUCUGGCUGUUCUGGAACUCACUCUGUAGACAAGGCUGGCCUCUUAACUCAUGGCGAUCCAGCUGCCUCUGCCUCCCAGGUACUGGGAUUAAAGGCAGGCAGCACCACCCAAUAUGCAAUACGGUUCUUUUAAUUUAGUUGUUUCUACUAGUUGCCUUUGAUUUGGAACUUGGUUAUUUUGCAUGUUUUAUGACUAUAACUGUAUUAAAGUAGAGAAUACGUAUGUUCUUUUAAAAUAUAUGAUUUGUAUCUGUUCAUAUUUAAGCUUCUGAAAGGGAGAGGAAACAAACUUAGAGUCAGUCUUUGCACUUUUGAAAUGAACUUAUAAAACCCAGAUUCCGAUUUGACACUGAUACUGUGGUGGCUGGGUGAUUACUUGAUUCGUUUACAUGGCUCAUGGCCCAAUAGACAGCUGUUGUGAGACUAUGUUCGAAAGUAUAAGAAAAAGUACAAGGGAGUCUCUUCGACUGAAGCUUCAGGAAGGGAAGCAACCUGGAGUACAUGGAAUGCAUUUUACCUGAUGGUUUUAGCCUACUAAGCUCCGCUGUACUUUUACUUUUGUUGUUGUUCUUGUUUCUUUGAGACAGAGCUUCUCUGUGUAGCCCUGGCUAUCCUGGAACAUGCUCUGAAGACCAGGCUAGCUUCCAACUCAGAGAUCCACCAGUCUCUGCUUCCCAAGUGCUGGGAUUAAAAGUGUGUGCUACCAUGCCCACCUACUUUCUUUUUGGAGACUAUUAUGUACGAAAAGUAACAUCCAUCUAGCAGUUCUUCCAGAGCAGAAUGCUGCCUUUCAAGUUCUUCCUGAAUUCUCCCCCCCCCUCUUUUUUGAGAUAGGGUCUUAUUGUGUAUCUCUGGCUAGCCUGGAACACACAGACAUCCUCUUGCCUCUUGAGUGCUGGGAUUAAAAGUGUGCUAAAAGUUACAUUUAUAUUUGUUAUUAGGUGUUAUGUGAGUACAAAUUCAGAUAGACCAGAUCUAUUGACAUUGUUGCUGCACUGAAUCAGUUGGAAAGACAAUGUUCACUAAC